CGUAUUUCAGCAAUAUGGCUGCCAGUUUUAAGAAAUAAAUCAUCUAUCUAUCUAUCUAUAACUUGUGUAAUCGGCGUCUAUCCACUUGUUGCUCAACUUCUAGGUUUAAAUGCUCAGUCAGAAGCAGAAUUCUCGAGAAUGGUUGAAAAGAAACAACUUUAUCCUGCCUAUACACUGGCAUGGAACUACUAUUUUGAAGUUUUGGAAAAUCUCUUACCAAUAGUCAAUGAAAGAUUUACGGACCAUAAAAUUUUAUAUCAAUAUAACGAAGAUGCAGAAACUGACAAAAGACCAACAAAAUGUAAAGAAUACAUAGAUUCAAAAAAACUGAUCGUGAUUGUUCCACAAGAUUGCAGAACUCAUCAAAACUUAGAAGAAAUUGAUUCAAACUUUGAAAAACUACGUGAUGUUAAAGGCAAGGGGUACAGUGUUCCUCUUUAUAAUGUGAUACACGGUAACGAACAAUACAAACUUCUCCUGUUGUAUGUCUCACAACCAUUAAACACACUUUAUAAGAUGGGCGGUGCUGAACGAGUUAAAUGUUUGACUGAAAAUAAUCUUGAAGAGCAAGUGGAACUUUUUUGUAAUACUUUACAAGACGAAAUCCUCAGAAAACCAUUGAACCAAGACUUCAAGGAAAAAUGCGUUGUUUUGAAAAUAAAGGCUGAAUGUGAAAGAAGUUUGGGAAAUGGAGGGCUUGUCAAAUUGAUCAUAGAGCGCUUAAAACAUGACGAAGAUCCUAGUGGUAGAAAACAUCAUCAACCCUUUUUUGUCCCACCACCACCUCCACAAAAAUUUUCUUCGCCAGUGAAACCUAAAGCAGAAAAGACUUCCCCACUAAAACAAGAUGAAUAUUACAAAGAGACAUCAACAAAUAAUGAAAAAGAAUCUCCAUCAACGAGUGAAAAGAAGACACCCAAGAAGUUAGAACAACAGAAAAAUGUUGCGACCAAAGCAAAUACAAUCACUCCAAAAAAUGAAGUGGGCAACAACAGUGAAAAUCAUUCCUUAAAAGAAGAACGUGCUGAUGACAAACAUAAACAAACAGAACAUGUUGAAAGUCGAUCAAGCACUAGCAAGUCUUUGACUUUUUCAACUAAAGCACAACCUUGCUCCCAACUUAAUUCAAAACAGACAGAGUAUUACUACUAA